CCCGUGGAGCGUGUCUGUGCGCGCGCCUGUGAUCGUGAUGGCGGCGGCGGAGGAGAGCGGGAGCACCGGGAGCAGCGGCUCGUGCAGCACCGCGGAGGAGGAGCGCAUGCGGCGGCUCUUCCAGACGUGUGACGGGGACGGAGACGGAUACAUCAACCGGAAUGAUCUGCUGAUGGUCUGCCGGCAGCUGAACAUGGAGGACUCGGUGGCAGAGAUCAUGGGGCAGCUGGGCGCAGACGAGCGAGGAAACAUCUCCUUCCAAGACUUCACUCGCUGCCGCAUGCAGCUGCUGAACGAGAUCCGCAAGGAGGAAGGCCAGCUUUCCCUGGUGUCCAGCGACUCGGAGAAGAGGACACUUCAUGAACACGUGUCGUCGUGGCCCGACAGCAGCGAGAACAGUCUGGGCGCUCGUGAGAGCUGGGAGUUUGAUUCUGGAGCUCGAGACUUACAGAGUCCAGACCUGCAUCCUCCGCAGCAGAGCUCUCUGUUCCUCCGGAAGCUCCUGGAUCAGCCCAGUGUUCUGGAGCCCUCGGCUGGACUUCACAAGCUCCUGUCCCAGCAUCCGUCCGGCCGCAGCGGGGCUCUGGGUCUGGCCAACACUCUGCAUCUGGCUGCGCUGGCGUCUCUGAAGGGUGACGUGGUGGAGCUGAACCAGCGUCUGCUGCAGACCGAGAGAGAGAGAGACACGCUGGAGAAGAGACUGGCCAAAGCACAGUGUGAGCAGUCUCAUCUGCUGCGGGAGCAUGAGGAGGUUCAGGAGAGAACGACGCUGCGCUAUGAGGAGCGAAUCACAGAGCUGCACAGCAUCAUCGCCGAACUCAACAAGAAGAUAGACCUGCUGCAGGGAGCCACCAUCAGGGAGGAAGAUGAGUUUUCCGAGCUCCGCUCCGAUCUAAGUCACAGCCAGCAGGAAGUUAACGAGGACGACCGGAGCGUCGAUCAGGACCCCGACCAGGCGUCCAUCUCACUGCCUGAGAACCAGUCCACACUGGUCACAGCAGACAUGGAUAACUGCAGUGACCUGAACUCGGAGCUGCAGCGUGUUUUGACGGGUCUGGAGAGUGUCCUGUGCGGCCGUAAGAAGAGCACAUGCAGUCUGUCUGUGGCAGAGGUGGACAGACACAUCGAGCAGCUGACCACUGCCAGUGAACACUGCGAUCUGGCCAUCAAGACGGUGGAGGAGAUCGAGGGCGCUCUGGGCCGUGACUUCUACCCUAGUCUGUGUGAGGAGCGUGUGCGCUGGGAGAAGGAGCUGGCUGGACUCCGGGAGGAGAACGAGAGCCUGACGGCGAUGCUGUGCAGUAAAGAGGAGGAUCUCAACCGCACCAAAGCCACCAUGAAUGCCAUCCGAGAGGAGCGAGACCGCCUGCGCAGACGCGUGCGAGAGCUGCAAACGCGUCUCCAGAGCGUUCAGCCCGGUGCUCCGUCCAGUCCUGGACGUCUGACCCCGGCAGGACGUCCCAUCAACCCCAGCACCGGAGAACUCAGCACCAGCAGCAGCAGCAACGACAUCCCCGUCGCCAAAGUGGCAGAACGAGUGAAGCUGUCGAAAACGCGCUCUGAAUCACUGCCAGCGGAGAGAUCCGUCCUCGGUUCUGAAAUCAGCAGCAUCGGGGUGUCCAGUAAUGUGGCUGAACACCUGGCUCAUUCCCUUCAGGACUGCUCCAACAUCCAGGAGAUCUUCCAGACGCUCUACUCACAUGGAUCCGCCAUCUCCGAGAGCAAGAUCCGCGAGUUCGAAGUGGAGACGGAAAGACUGAACAGUCGGAUCGAGCACCUGAAGUCUCAGAACGAUCUGCUGACCAUCACGCUGGAGGAGUGUAAGAGCAACGCCGAGCGGAUGAGUAUGCUGGUGGGGAAAUACGAGUCCAACGCCACUGCGCUCAGACUGGCCCUGCAGUACAGUGAGCAGUGUAUUGAGGCGUAUGAGCUGCUGCUGGCGCUGGCUGAGAGUGAACAGGGUCUGGUUUUGGGUCAGUUCAGAGUCGCUGGAGUCAGUGCUGUGGGAGAGCAGGCGGGUGAAGAGAGCAUCACACAGAUCCUGAAGAAAGCUCACGACAGCAGAAAGACGGCAGAAAACGCCGCUAAGGACCUCCUGACGCGUCUGGACGGCAGCUGCGGAGCUGCGUUUGCGGUCCAGCCCUGGGAGAGUCUCUCAUCCAACAGCCACACCAGCACCACCAGCUCGACGGCCAGCAGCUGUGACACUGAUUUCUCCAAAGACGACGAGCAGCGUCUGAAGGACUACGUGCAGCAGCUGAAGAACGACCGAGCGGCGGUGAAGCUGACCAUGCUGGAGCUGGAGAGCGUCCACAUCGACCCGCUGAACUACGACCUCAAACCCCGUGCAGACUCGCAGAGACUCGACCUGGAGAACGCCGUGCUCAUGCAGGAGCUCAUGGCCAUGAAGGAGGAGAUGGCGGAGCUGAAGGCUCAGCUGUAUCUGCUGGAGAAGGAGAAGAAAGCUCUGGAGCUGAAGCUGAGCACACGGGAGGCCCAGGAACAGGCCUAUCUGGUGCACAUCGAGCAUCUGAAGUCUGAGGUGGAGGAACAUCAGGAACAGAGACGGCGAUCGCUCAACUCCACCAGCAGCAGCGCUGGAGCCAAAGACAAGAGCGGGAAGGACUCUGGUGAUUCUCCGGUGAUCAGUCUGUCUGAUCUGAGGAGUUUGAGUGACAGCGACCUCGCGGCGGAGCUCACCAGCGCCCUCAGGAGAGAGAAGAAGCUGAAGGGUCGUGUUCAGGAGUUGGUCGCGGCGUUAGAAAGACUCACUAAGAGCAGUGAAGUCAGACAUCAGCAGUCAUCGGAGUUCGUUAACGACCUUAAACGAGCAAACAGUAAUCUGGUGGCAGCGUACGAGAAAGCCAAGAAGAAGCACCAGAACAAGCUGAAGAAGCUGGAGUCUCAGAUGAUGGCGAUGGUGGAGCGUCACGAGACACAGGUGCGGAUGCUGAAACAGCGCAUCGCUCUCCUGGAGGAGGAGACGUCUCGACCGCACACCAGCGAGACCUCGCUCUGAGGAGAAGAUGUUUCUCAGGAUGUUCACGCUGCUCUUUCACACACAACAGCCACUGUUAAACUACAGGAAUCAUCAUGAACACGUGAAGCGCUGGCUCAGACGUGCUCGUUUUGUCAAGGAUUAGACGGCAUUUAGAUCUUUUUUCCAAUUCUCACUUAUGAGGUUCACCGUUUUUAUGCUCUCACUAGUCAAACCCGGCGAUUGAGAUGACAUAUCUCUCAUAAAUCCUCAUAAUUAUUCAUGACUUUAGAAGGAAAUGACAUGAACACACACUCACUAGUUAUAUUUCAUAAUCAUACAGUGUAGAGGAAUGCAUUUAAUACAAUUAAUGUGAACGAGGUUUAAAGCCUCAGAUGAAGAUUCUGUCGUCAUUUACUCAGUUUCUUAACAUCUGAUAAUCUGUGCUCCGUUUAUAAUCCAGAUUGGACGAAUUUAGGCCUUAUGAUCAAUAUGUGAUGAAUUAUGAGUUAGUAAUUCGUUAAAACGCCACUUAGACCAAAUUUAAUCGGCUGAUGAGAUGUUAAACAAUCGUAUAUUAUUUUAUUGGUAACACUUUACAAUAAAGUCUAACGUUCAUUAACUAUAAUUAACUAAAAAUAAACAUUAUUAAUAAAAAUACAGUUGUUCAUUUUUUAUAUUUGUUUAUUUGUGCAUUAAUAUUAAGAGAUGCAACUUAAAAUUUGUAUAUUAAUAAAUGUUUAAAUUAUAAAGAUUAAUGGACGCUUUAGAAGUAUUUUUAUUGUUCGUUUAACUACUGUAAUUAAUGUAUGUAACAAAUGAAACCUAAGUGUUACCAAUUUAUCAUCAAAAUCUAAUAUUUUGUUAAAUGUUAGUGUCAUAAUUAAAUGUGCUGAUCUUUAUUAGUUAAAUAUAUUGAGGAUCUUCUGCAUUAAUUACAUUAAUCAGUAAAUAAUCAUUUAAUUUAUUCAUAUGAGAAAUUACAAGUAUUUUUUUCUUGGAAUAACAUGCUCUGAUGCAUUCUGCAAAAACAACAAAAACAAUAAACUUCAUUUCAUAGCGCCUUUUAAAAGUUGCAUCUCAAAGUGCUUUAAAAAAUAUAUAUAUAUAUAAUUAAAAUACAUAAAACACCAAUGUAAACAUACAGCAAAACAAUUUAAGGAUGAUAUAAAAUAAAAACCUGAGUUCUUAGAGAUUUAAAAACUAAACGUUUUGAUAAAUCUAAAAAAAUAAAUAAAAAUAAAUUACAUUUUAUUUUUUAUUUUUAUCCAAGUGGGAAAAAAAAUAUUUUCAAAUAUUUUCUUAUAAGCAAAAUUUUUAUUCAUUUUUUCCUGCAGGAAAUAUGAUGACAGAAUCUUCAUUCUGUGUGAAAUCUUGCUCAGAACUUCAUUUUGUGUUGGUUCUGGUGUCAUCAGCAGAUCUCACAUAUUUCAGUUUAUCAAGCUCGAUCUUCAUCACGUUCAGCUUCCUCCUGGAGCACCUCGUCACCACAUCGCCUUCUGACGGACGAGUGUUUAUGUUCCCCGUCCUGUGAGAGCUCAAACUCACGGUUUAUUCAGAUGAUCCUGCACUGUUUACACGCUUCAGCUCCAAAUCUUUUCAACAGAUCCAGUGAAGAUGGGGAUUAUCUGUAAACGGCUUUCAUUCAUAUUUAUCAAUUAUGACACUGACUUUUAAGUGCUUGACAUUCAAUUCUAAUUCAUGGUGAAAUAUUCAAUGCAAUAGAAAUGCUUCAGUCUCAUUAGAGUACCGAUCGUCCCACAGAAAGAGGCGCUGUUAAAGUAAUAAUUCUAUUGAAAAUUAAAACUGGCUGAAUAUUUACUCCCCCCGAGGCCAGCGUGGGUUUGUGUCUCCAUCAGAUUUGGAGAAAUGCAGCAUUGUAUCAGUAUCUCAGCAAUGGAAGUGAAUGGGUGCCGUCAGAUAAAAACAUCACAAUAAUCAACAAGCACUCCAGUCCAUCAGUUAACAUCUGGAGAAGACAAAAGAUGUGUUUAGAAGUAAAAAACUUGUUUUAUAUUGAGCGGUUUUUGAUUUGUAAACGCUGCUUAAUCUGUGCAGAUUUCUCUCCUGAUUCAGACCAGAACACGUUUUCACUGGAGGACGUGUUAUUAUGGAUUAUAGACUCUCUAAAAGCAUCUUAAUGCUGGAUUUGUUUCAUCUUAUGUUCUCCAGAUGUUCACUGAUGGACUGUGGAUUAUUGUGAUGUUUUUAUCAGACUCUCAUUCUGACGGCACCCAUUCACAUCCAUUGGUGAUCACGUGAUGCAAUGCUGCGUUUCUCCAAAUCUGUGGAAGACACAAAACUCUUCCUAAUCUUUGAUGGUCUGGGCAUGAGCACAUUUACAGCACAUUUUUAUGUGAACUACUUUUUAAUGUGAACGAGCAUUUAAUUCAAUUAUCCACGAUUCAUAAUGCUGGACGAUCAAAUCUCAAUGACUGAUUUACAUUUUCAUGGUCUUUCUUUGUGCAUCGGUUGAUAAAGGAAUAAAGGAUUGAUUAUGAGAUGGUUUAUAGACAUCGAGACAUUCGUGAAAACUAUAUGCAUAUCCAUUGUAAACGAUGGCUGAGAAACUAUAAAGGGUUUGUGAAUCGUACUUAAUUUGCACAGAUCUGUUUAUGAAUCAAAUUUUUGCAAUCAUUUUGUUUUAUUUUAAUACAGAAUGUAUUUGUUUAUAUAAUAAAGAAAUAAUGCAACA